ACUUUCUUCCACUUCCAGGUCAGGGAGGUGUGUCCAAAAGAAAGAAGGAAGCAAAUGCCGCCGGCAUUCGCACACCUGCCUCGAUUUAUUACUGCGACCUUUGCUUCUUCCGGGUUCCCUUACUCCAGAAUCGCCUCUUUAGAAACUCACUUAAUCUCUGGCUUUCCCAUUCCUACACUCACUGAUUAGUUUCUUGCACCACUGGAGUUUGAAAAAUAACAGAGAGGAAAGGAAGGGGCGGUAGUAGAAACAAGCAAACCUCAUUCCCUGGAGGGCCUCCUGGAAAAGGGUAAUUGCCUACCUUAGGUCGACUACCAAAACCAGUAAUUUUGCUCGCCCCCCCCCCCCCCGAGCUUCAGUUGCUCUUUCGCUUCCUAAUUCCGCAAGAGCACUGGGCGACAGAAUUAUGGAGAAGCGCCUGCAGGAGGCUCAGCUGUACAAGGAGAAAGGGAACCAGUGUUACCGGGAAGGAAAGUACCGAAAUGCUGUGAGUAGGUACCAUCGAGCUCUGUUUCAGCUGCGGGGUCUGGAUCCAAGUCUGCCCUCCCCGAUACCUAAUCUAGGACCUCAGGGCCCGGCUCUCACACCUGAACAAGAAAACAUACUGCACAGCACCCAGACAGACUGCUACAACAAUUUAGCUGCCUGUCUCCUUCAGAUGGAGCCGGUAAACUACCAGCGAGUGAAAGAGUACAGUCAGAAAGUCCUGGAGCGGCAGCCCGAUAAUGCCAAAGCCUUGUAUCGGGCGGGAGUGGCCUUUUUCCACCUGCAGGACUAUGACCAAGCUCGGCAGUACCUCCUGGCUGCUGUCAACAGGCAGCCAAAAGACGCCAACAUCCGGCGGUACCUCCAGCUGACACAGUCAGAACUCAACAGCUACCACCGCAAAGAGAAGCAGCUCUACAUGGGCAUGUUCGGUUAGCAGAGAAGAGCGACGCUUCUCCACCUGAACUUAGGUGAACCGAUCAAGACCCAUCCAGUGAAACCUGAGCCUCCGGGGAGAAGUGAACCCCAUCCCUCUGACCCAGGUGGAUUUCUGGCUAGUUUCUACUUGUGCCCAAACCCCUAACUGCUUACUGAGUCUGCCUCUUUUUGUUUGCCCCUCUGUAUGUUUGUAGAGCUUUCAAUGCGUGGUAUCCUGGGGGACAUUGGCCCUGAGAAAGACAACCAGGAAACACUCCUCAGCCAUGGGUGGCAUUAAUCGUAUCUACGGCACAGAUUUUACUGAUCGGUGUCAUUAGACGUAUUGGCACGCAGAGGAGAGGGCUAGCAGAGAAGGAAAUGAUGAUGGACAGGAAGGAGUUUCUUCCUCUGUUUCCUCAGAUGCCCUGAGCUGAAGUUAUAGGGGCCAAAACUGGGUGAUGUAUAUCUUUUGUGAAACUAAACAAUUGUGAAUCAGGCCCGUAUGUGUUAAAAUGAAAGAUUUGAAAUUAACCAAGUAAAGUAAUUCCUUAUUCUUCUUAAUAUUUUGUACACAUUCAGCUUUUUUCCCCCUUACAAAAGUAUCUGAUUGCCUUUGUUUCUCUUGGUAAUUUCUAGUCGUUGCUAUUUAUAUUUAGCUCGUUAAUAUAGUAGCCUUAUUUAAUUUUUCAUUAAACUCUUCUAUUUUAA